CAAGAAGGAAGCUGCAUUUUAACGGUGUGCUGAACGGAGGUCUGAAUCAUUCCAGCUGGCUGCUUGUUUUGAAAAGGACAGUAUGUGUAUAAAUAAAAUGUGACUGUGCUGGAAGAGUUCAGUUACUAGGGGCUGGAGCAAGAGGAGUCUUCCUGGGAUACUAUUCACACUGCUAGUCUGAACUGAAAACUCUCUCUCUCUUCACUGAGCCAAGUGAAGAAAUUUGAAUAGUGGAUGUCUCUUUCCCACACACUAGACAAACUCAAGUGAAAAGAAAAAGGAAGAAAUUCUUCUAUAGUACCGGAGGGACCCAAGAGGAAAAAAAGCUGAGGGGAAAAAAGGAGAAAAUGUAGAUCUACUAAUUGCAUGCUAUUCACCUGGGCUACAGAAGUGGACUAAGAAAUUUAAUAAUGUUAAGCAUCAUCUCCAUUGAUUUUUUGCAAGUGCUGCAUUCAGAGAAGAUCUCUUCCAAUUUAGAUUUCCAGAUACUUUGACUUUGAGCUCUAACAACUUUAUAACCUCCCCAAAGCCCCUCAUAAAUGCAUUGCAAUGGUCACAUGAACAUUUGGGGCGUGGUACCAGCACCAUUUUUUGUCCUCUAUGCUAUGGCACUUUAAGAGGAUAAAGCCAAAAACUUUUUUUUAAUUGAAAGUAUUCCAAAAAAAUGAAUCUUAUUAUGAAACUUCGUAGAAGUUUCAGAACAGUGGUAAUUCUCUUAACCACCUUCUGUUUAGUAAGCAUAGUCAUUUCGGCCUAUUACUUAUAUACAGGCUACAAGCAGGAGAUGACCCUAAUUGAAACCACUGGAGAAGCAGAAUGUGAGGGCCUUAAACUUUUACCAUACAGGUCCAUGGAGCUGAAGACUGCUAAGCCGAUGGAUCCAUCUAAUACUGACCCUAUUGUCUUGCUAUUUGUGGAGAGCCAGUACUCCCAGCUUGGACAAGAUAUCAUAGCUAUCCUUGAGUCUAGUCGAUUCCAGUACCAUAUGGUGAUUGCACCUGGAAAAGGUGACAUUCCUCCUCUUACAGAUAGCGGCAAAGGGAAAUAUAUGCUUGUUAUAUACGAGAAUAUUUUAAAGUAUGUGUCCAUGGACUCAUGGAAUAGAGAGCUUCUGGAAAAAUAUUGUGUGGAAUACAGUGUUAGCAUAAUUGGUUUUCAUAAAGCCAAUGAGAACAGCUCACCAAGUAUUAAAUUAAAAGGAUUUCCACUAGACCUUUACAAUAAUGUUGCCCUCAAAGAUUACUUUGUAAACUCUCAAUCUCCUCUACUGCACAUUACCAAAGCACCAAGGGUUGAGAAAGGCCCACUACCUGGGGAAGACUGGACGGUUUUCCUGUUUAAUCACUCCACCUACCAACCAGUGCUUUUAACUGAAUUACAGACUUCCAGAUCUUUCCCAGCAUCAUUGCCUAAGGCUCCACUGUAUGCUACAGUGAUCCAGGACUUGGGGCUUCAUGAUGGGAUUCAGAGAGUCCUUUUUGGAAACAACUUGACCUUUUGGCUACACAAGUUGAUCUUUAUAGAUGCCGUCUCUUUCCUGACGGGGAAGAAGCUCGCAUUGUCCUUGGAUAGGUACAUUCUUGUCGAUAUAGAUGACAUCUUUGUUGGAAAGGAGGGAACAAGAAUGAACGUCCAGGAUGUGAAGGCAUUACUAGAGACUCAAAAUUUACUGCGCACUCAGGUUGCAAAUUUUACCUUCAACCUUGGAUUUUCAGGAAAGUUUUACCACACAGGAACUGAAGAGGAGGAUGAAGGUGAUGACCUGUUAUUGGGGUCUGUAGAUGAGUUCUGGUGGUUUCCCCAUAUGUGGAGUCACAUGCAGCCUCAUCUGUUCCAUAAUGAGUCAUCACUGGUGGAGCAGAUGAUUCUCAACAAGGACUUUGCACUAGAACAUGGUAUUCCGACUGACAUGGGCUAUGCAGUGGCUCCGCACCACUCUGGGGUCUACCCUGUACAUGUUCAGCUUUAUGAGGCCUGGAAGAAGGUCUGGGGUAUCAAAGUCACAAGCACAGAAGAGUAUCCACAUCUAAAACCUGCACGGUACAGACGGGGCUUCAUCCACAAUGGCAUCAUGGUACUUCCUCGACAGACCUGUGGCCUUUUCACCCACACAAUUUUCUACAAGGAGUAUCCUGGGGGCCCUCAAGAAUUGGACAAAAGCAUCCGAGGAGGUGAACUCUUCCUCACCAUCCUCCUGAAUCCCAUCAGCAUCUUCAUGACCCAUUUGUCCAACUACGGGAAUGACCGCCUGGGGUUAUAUACCUUUUUGAAUCUGGCCAACUUUGUUAAGAGCUGGACUAACCUAAAACUACAGACCCUGCCUCCAGUUCAGCUGGCUCACAAGUACUUUGAACUCUUCCCUGAGCAAAAGGACCCUCUCUGGCAGAAUCCAUGUGAUGAUAAACGGCAUAGGGAUAUCUGGUCCAGAGAUAAAACUUGUUACCAUCUUCCAAAAUUUCUUGUGAUUGGACCUCAGAAAACAGGAACAACAGCACUUUAUUUAUUUCUCCUUAUGCAUCCUUCUAUCAUCAGUAAUCUCCCUAGUCCAAAAACUUUUGAAGAAGUUCAGUUCUUCAACGGAAACAACUAUCACAAGGGAAUUGACUGGUACAUGGAUUUCUUCCCUACCCCUUUGAAUGUCACCACUGACUUUCUGUUUGAGAAAAGUGCCAACUACUUCCAUUCAGGGGAGGCACCCAGACGAGCAGCUUCCCUGGUCCCCAAGGCCAAGAUCAUCACCAUUCUCAUUGACCCAUCAGAUCGGGCAUACUCCUGGUAUCAGCACCAGCGAUCUCAUGAGGACCCUGCUGCUCUGAAGUUCAAUUUCUAUGAAGUGAUUACAUCAGACCAUUGGGCUCCCUCAGAGUUAAGGACUCUCCAGAAGAGAUGUCUGAUCCCUGGGUGGUACGCUACCCAUAUAGAAAGAUGGCUAACUCACUUUCCCACUUCCCAGUUGCUAAUUAUUGAUGGACAGCAGCUAAGAAGUGACCCAGCUACAGUGAUGGAUGAAGUGCAGAAGUUUCUGGGAGUCUCACCUCAUUAUAAUUACUCUGAAGCUCUAACGUUUGACCCUCAGAAAGGCUUUUGGUGUCAGCUGCUGGAAGGAGGGAAGACAAAAUGCCUGGGGAAAAGCAAAGGCCGAAAAUACCCACCAAUGGAUCAGGAGUCUAGAGCUUUUCUUUCAAGCUACUACAGAGAUCACAAUGUGGAACUGUCCAAACUACUGCACAGAUUGGGACAACCCCUGCCAUACUGGCUGAGACAGGAGCUUCAGAAAAGUAUCCUUUUAAUGCGACUGCUAAGGUGUGGACCUAUCUACAGAUUGGAUCCCCCAUCACUACCAUAUCUGGAAAAGCUAGCAGAAAAUAAGGAUUUGCAAAUACCAGAGAUUCUUAAGUGUUCAGUGUUCCAGUGACUGGAUACUUUUUAUAAAAUAUAAUCAGCAUCAUUUGGAAAUAUUUUUUUUUAAAGUCCUAGUCAAAGAUUUGAGACAUGGGCAAAAAGCUAAUGGCCUUGCCUACAGGGUUUUUUGUUGUUGUUGUUCUUUCUUUUUCUAUCUGAAAACAGCACAUCCAGUUUAACUCUGAUAUAUACUUGAGGUUUGGGAAAAAGCAAAAUAAAUUUUGAUCACAAAGUAUUUUUGUUGGGGGGGGGCAGGGAGAAAAAUCUGUAUUUGCUGAAAUUGUUUUAAGUAAUUGUGUAUACACCCUCUUAGUUCUUCUCACUUCUACAAAAUAAACAC